AUGGGGGACGGGAGAGUUUGGCGCAGGCACAUAGAUCAACUGAGACGGCGAAUCGCCACAGACGCUGAGGAAAACUUCAACGAACCGCUCCCUGACUAUCAGCCAGAACACCCCACUACGUCAAACCCGAGUGCAGCGGAGGACUUAUCUGACGAUCCUGGUGUCCAGAGCAGCCCCAGCGAAGAGUUCCCACUGGCCAGAGAAGUCGCCGCCCACAAAGAGAUCUCGGAGGUUCCAUUAGCGGAGCAGGGAGAGACAGGGAGUCCCUCCAACCUGCUCGACGCCACCCCUCCAACUGAACUGCGCAGGUCGACAAAGAUAUGUACACACACUAGUCACCUGAGAGACUUUUUCCAUCCCUUUAUGGAGAAGAAUGAGUUUUGCAAUAUUUCCCAUUGGAAAUUGUAUGUGGACCAAAAUGGAGAUGUAACAGCAGAUCUGGACAUCAUCAGCUGGGUGCUUUUUCCCUUGGUGGAUCCCUUCGAUGAACAACUGGGGAGUUUUGAAAAGCAGAGAUUUACAGUCAAUAAAGAUACUCUGUUAUUGCUAAAGUCGCUCAAUAAGACUCUGCCUCGGUCCCAAUGUGUGGAAAACUGUCGUCCUGGGUUGGUCAAGCAGUCUCGAGAAGGAGAGCCAGUUUGCUGCUACAACUGCAUUCCUUGUCCAGAGGGGACCAUCUCCACUCAGGAAGAUACAGAAAAAUGCACCAAGUGUCCACCUGAUCAAUAUCCAAAUGAGGACCGAGUCCAAUGUAUUUCCAAAAUUAUAACCUUCCUGUCUUAUGAAGAAAAUCUGGGCAUCAUCCUUGUGUCUUUUGCUCUAUUCUUGUUCUUAACCACAGCCCUUGUCUUGAUUAUAUUCAUUAAAUACCGAGAAACUCCCAUUGUCAGAGCCAACAAUCGGGACCUCUCCUACAUCCUCCUGGUCUCUCUCUUGCUUUGCUUCUUGUCCUCCUUUUUCUUCAUUGGUCAACCAAGGAAAGCCACCUGCCUUCUCCGACAAGCAGUGUUCAGCAUUGUCUUCUCAGUUGCCAUUUCUUCUCUCCUGGCUAAAACGAUCAUGGUGGUGUUGGCUUUCCUAGCAACAAAACCGGGAAACCGAGUGAAGAGAUGGUUGGGGAAGAGCUUGGCCAACUCCAUCAUCCUUUCUUCUUCUGCUGUCCAAAUUAUCAUCUGCUCCAUCUGGCUAGGAGUUUCUCCCCCAUUCCCUGACUCUGACCUCCACUCCCAGCCGGGAGAAAUCAUCCUGCAAUGCAAUGAAGGUUCUGUUGUCAUGUUCUACAUCAGCUUAUGCUACAUGGGCGUCCUGGCUGCCAUCUGCUUCACAGUGGCUUUCCUGGCCAGAAAUCUCCCUGGCACGUUCAAUGAAGCUAAACUGAUCACCUUCAGCAUGCUCCUCUUCUGCAGUGUCUGGGUGAGUUUUGUGCCCACCUACCUGAGCACCAAAGGGAAAUAUAUGGUGGCUGUGCAGGUCUUUUCUAUCUUGUCCUCCAGUGCAGGUCUGCUUGGCUGCAUCUUCAUCCCCAAGUGCUACAUCAUCAUCCUGAGGCCAGAGCUGAAUACAAAGGAGCAAAUGACAACCAGAAGAAAUGUAGAAAUUUGA